AUGAAGUUCAUAGCACUGGUCUCCGGUGGGAAGGAUUCCUGCUACAGCAUUCUUCACAGUAUUCGCCAAGGCCAUGAGCUUGUAGCACUUGGCAAUUUGUAUCCCAACGAUGAAGAGCGACAAGAGCUUGAUAGCUUCAUGUUUCAAACAGUCGGACACAACCUUGUGAAAUGGUAUGAAACGUGUACUGGUCUGCCGUUGGUACGUCGAGCUAUUCGGCCAGAAACAUCCAGAAACGUGUGUUUAAACUACUACCCAACAGAGGAAGACGAAAUCGAAGAUUUAUUGGAGCUGUUGAUCGAGGCCAAACGACAGAUUCCUGAUCUCGAGGCUGUCAAUGCAGGUGCUAUUUUGUCAUCUUACCAGAGAACGAGGGUAGAAGAUGUGUGUUCGCGUCUGGGACUCGUUUCGUUGAGUUACCUGUGGCAGCGGGAUCAGAAAGAAUUGAUGACUGAGAUGUGCCUGAUGUCCAAACAGUCAGGCGAAGACAAUAGUCCCAAAUUGGAUGCUAGGCUGAUCAAAACAGCAGCUAUUGGACUAGAUCAAUCGUCUUUGGGAAAGUCUUUGCCACAAGUCUUCCCUCUCCUUCAGAGACUGAACGAAAGAUACGAUGUUCACAUAUGCGGUGAGGGUGGAGAGUUUGAAACCAUGGUCUUCGAUGCGCCAUUCUUCAAACAUGGGUAUCUUGAGCCUCACAUCGUGAGAGUAGAGGGCUGCGAUAACUCUGAUGGCGUUUACAGUGCCGUAAUGGGUGUGUCAUUCAUCGAGCGCGAGUGUUCGACAUCAAUGGACCAAUUACUUGAAAACCUACCAGUCCCUAGGGCUGUAGAAGAUCAUUGGCUUGAACUAGCAAAUUAUGUUGGCGUUUUCGAGACACCUACGACCGAGAAUCACUCAAGAACGGCAUCAAAAUCAUCACAUACACCACAUACAUCCAUUAACAAAAUUGGAAACCUGCUGUAUGUGUCAAAUCUGACUCCCAAAACAGGAGAUUCUACUCAGUCCAAAUCUCAAGAUGUUUUCAAGCAAUUAAAUGACGUUUUGAAAGAGAAUCGCUUAUUUGCAAGCCAGAUUCUGUCAUCUUCGCUUUUGCUAGAGAACAUGUCAGACUUUGCAACAGUGAAUCUACUUUACAAUGGCUUCUUUCAAGUACAGGACAAUGGUCCACUGCCGCCCUCCAGAGCAUGCGUUGGUAGCAGUUUAGUGGGCCACAAUAAGACACUCCAACUAUCGGUGGUAAUCGACACAGAGGCUAAAAUCACAGAACAGAAGGGCAUGGUCUUGAAUGAUAGUAAAAAUGGACUACAUGUACAGGGAAGGUCUUAUUGGGCCCCUUGCAACAUUGGACCUUAUUCGCAAGCUAUUUGGAAAAAAGAAGAUCAAAAUCAAGUCAGCUACAUCAGUGGGCAAAUCGCGUUGGUUGCUGCUUCGAUGGAGAUGACCACAAGUCUUGAACCACAUCUGGAUGAAGAUAUCUCUCAAGCUGUUUUGGCCUUGCGGCACUUUGAUACGCUCAAAAGAACGAUCAAUGCUCAAGAACAACUCACCACCGUCUGCUACGUAUCUCGCCACAGUAUGGUGCCCGUUGUGGCCAAAGUUUGGUCGCUUUACUGCAAGGACAUGGUAGACAGUUCGGAAUGGUGGUUUGAAAAACCUGUUGAAGAUCCUAGAUCGUUGAUCAUCGUCAAAGUCUCUGAACUGCCACGACAGGCCAAAUGCGAAUGGGGCGGCGUUGCCUGUAGUAAGGUCUCUAUAAUUGAUGAGGAGCAAGAUGACUCUGACACUGAUACGGCCGAUAGUAAAAACAGCACUGAUGAUGCGGUCGGAGCUAUUGAUAUUGGUGACCAUUUUGAAUGCCACCAGUCUUCCGUAAGGUCCCCAAAAACACAACGAAAAUACCUCACAGGACACUUGAAUUCGCAAAAGGAGCUCGUGAAACUCGUUAGUUCUUGUUCAAACUCGCAAGUCAUUUUAUUCUAUUCACCAAAUUCAGAUCUUUCUCUCGGCACCCAGAAGCCAGGUUUUGAAUUGUACCCAGUGGAAAACGUUUACGAUUACGAAGGACAUGAACGAUUUGCUGCGUUCCAAGUAAUAGUUGAGACCACCGUCUGA